UAGUACACCAUGGUAGCCCAUUAAAUUCCCCACAUUUUACUAUCAACACUAUUCGAAAAGUAUAUUAAAAACAUAAAAAAAAAAAAGCUUCAAAAAACUCCCAAAAAACGCCAAACAAAGAUCAAGAUUCAAGAUUGUAAACUGGAGAGAGGUAUAUUGUCACCAACCCUUUUUAGCCUGUAUACAGAGGAGCUAGCAGCCAGGAUGAGAAGAGUGAAUGUAGGGGUAAGUGUGGGGAAUGAUAAAGUAUGUGUGCUUCUUUAUGCAGAUGACGUAGUUGUUAUGAGUGAAUCGGCAGAUGAGCUUCAAAGUCUGUUGGAUGUAGUGGAUGGCUAUGGUAAAGACUUUGGAGUAAGGUUUAGCAGUGAGAAAAGCAAAGUAAUGAUUGUGAAUAGGUCAGAGGAUGAAAGUAAUGUGGUAUGGAGACUUGGAGAGAAUGAGUUGAGACAGGUGCAAGAAUACAAGUACUUAGGGAUGUGGAUGAGUCCUAGUGGGUGUACAAAGGCAAAGAAUGAAAAGAUAAGUAUGCUAAACCAGUGGGUAGGUCGAUUGGGAAGCGCGGCAAGGAUGAGAGCAAGUAAGUAUGAUGUGUUGAGAGAAGUGUGGAAGAGUGUGGCUGUGCCAUGUAUAAUGUAUGGUAUGGAUGUGAUUGCAUGGAAUGAAAGUGAAAUUGAUAAGUUAGAAGUGGGCCAGAAUAGAGUAGCAAGGAUGGCACUGAGUGCACCGAGGUGCACAGCAGUUGAAGCCUUGAGAGGUGACAUGGGAUGGAGCACCUUUAGGGAAAGACUGACAAAAGCCACACUUAGGUACAAGAUUAGGCUUGAGAGAAUGGAUGAUGCAAGAAUAGCAAGGAAGGUGUACCUGUGGAAUGAAAGUGGAAGCAAAUGGAGGAAGAGAUGCAUGAGAAUGACAGACAGGAAUGGAUUGCAAAUUGUGUGGGCGAUAAGAAUGCCUGGGAGGAAUCAAAAUGAGCGUGAAUGGGUGGUAACAAGAGGAGGCAGAGUUGGAGUCGAAUGGGAUGUGAGAAAAUGGAAGAAUGAGAUAGACAAAGAAGUGAAAUGUGUGGGACUGAAUGAAUGGAAGAAUGAGAUGGAAAGAAAGAAGAUCCUGGAAUGGUACAAGGAGAAAGAGGUCCCGAGGUAUGAAAGGUGGUAUGAUGGAAGCCUGGGCGGUGAUCUUCUCUUCCGAACGAGGGCACAGUGUAUGGAUGUGCAUGCAAGGAGUUACAGGUGGUCUGAGUCCCGCAGCAAAGUGUGCCAGAUGUGUGACAUGGGAGAGGAUGAGACGGUGGAACAUGUGGUGCUGGAGUGUGUGAAGUAUGCCAGAGACAGGAAUGAGAUGAUGCAAGUGAUACUGACUGAGUUAGGGCACGAUAGGAAUGAAAGAUUGGAGAACUCAGGAAAGGAGUGGAUGGCGUUGUUGCUGGGACUGUGUAGAGAGGCCAAUGAAAGGAUGAUUGAGGCGGUGAAAGAGUUUCUGGAGAGAAUGUGGCGUGCCAGAUGUAGGAACAGUUACUAUAGAUGAUGUUGUUUGUUAUUUUUUUUUUUUUUUUCCCUUCUACAGGAGUUGCCAAUCCAAAGGCUUGGCUUAAGAGUGAUCCCGAGCUAUCUGUACCAUCAAGAUCAAGAUCGAGCGUCCAUAUCAGAUGGUGAGUCUGCUUACAAAAUUGCAUCGGAGGGAUUGAUAGGGGUAGCCACAAUUAUCCAUCAUCAUCGGCGACACCAUGGCUCUUGAGAAGACAGACAGACCCCGAUGACAGCGUGGUGAGCGAGGAGGGGGAGUCAACCAGCAGAGGGGGAGCAUGACCCCUACUUUGAACCAGUGGUGACCUUGCUGGAGGUCUUCGUGGUUAGUGAUGAUGACCAGGAGGAGGAAAUGAUAAGACUGAGUUUCGACAUCAGGCAGUACAAGCUGUUUCAUUAUCACACCUCUGAGUCGCCCCCACAGUGGAAGGAACGGGGCAUGGGGGCCAUUAACAUUCUGAGGAACAAGCAGAAGAAGGCUGUGGAGUUUGUUCAGCGGCAGAAUUAAUGCCAGUGGCUGAGUUCAGAUCCUCCAAGACACACGGACACACAUACAGCAGCCCCUCCACCUCCCCACAGCCCUCCACAGCCCCUGACACAGCAUCUGACACAGGCCCUUCACAGACCACCACAUACCUCACACAUACAUAAGAACAUAAGAACAUAAGAAAUAAGGGAAGCUGCAAGAAGUGACCAAGCUUACAUGUGGCAGUCCCUGUAUGAAAUAUACCUACCUAUUUCCAUCUGUUAUCCCCAUCCAUAAACUUGUCUAAUCUUCUCUUAAAGCCCUCUAGUGUCCUAGCUCUAGUGUCCUAGCACUAACAACAUGAUUACUGAGUCUGUUCCACUCAUCUACCACUCUUUUUGAGAACAAAUUUUUUCCUAUCUUCAUCCUAAACCCAAAUUUUUCAAGCUUGUACCCAUUAUUUCUUGUUCUACCCUGGUUGCUGAUCCUAAGAAUUUUGCCUACAUCCCCCUUGUUAUAACCCUUAUACCACUCAAAGACUUCUAUCAGGUCCCCUCUUAACCUACGUAUCUCUUAAGAAUGUAAAUUUAACAGCUUCAACCUCGCCUCGUAAGGAAUACUCCUCAUCCCCUGUAUCCUUUUAGUCAUUCUCCUCUGUACUGAUUCUAAUAGACCUAUAUCUUUCCUGUAAUGUGGGGACCAGAACUGCACAGCGUAGUCUAGAUGAGGUCUGACCAGCGCCAAGUAUAACUUUAAUACUACUUCCGGCCUUCUACUUUUAACACUCCUAAAAAUCACACACACCACAGGAGCCUCACAAACAGUCUCACAGCCUUCACAAGCAGCCCCACACUCCACCACAGACACACCAGACCCACAGCCCUUCACCUCACCCACUUCCCAGCCCCCCACAGCCCCCCAGCCACCACAAAUGAAGUGAAAGGAAGGGACUGUGGCUUCACCCAGCCAGCCAGGACAGCCUACAGAGAGGGGGUAGUCCCAGUCAAGUCACAAAAUAUAGGCUUGGUUCUUCCUACAGUUUGAAGUCAAUGAUUGGACAGGCCAGACAGCUUAGUGCCAGAGCUGCAGGUGGCCCUCGUCAGCUUCCUGGUGGUACAGGUGUAGGACGGCUGGGAGCAGUGGAGGUGCCUGGUGGAGCAGCUGUGCCGGGCAGAGGGGCUGCUGCUGCUGCUGCUGCUGCUGCUGGAGAGAGCCACACUUGUAUGCCCCACAGUUACUGACCUUGACUCAAACACCAUCACGGCACUCUCUUCCCUGUUAAACUUGCCGGGAUCCAUUGUAAUGUAAGGGGUAUUGAAUGUGAGCGAUGAAACGAGAAGGUAGUGGCAAGGGGGAAAAAAGUACAGGGGAGCGCAGGAGAGACACCUCUCUCCACUGUGCCUGACAGUCUCUCAGUGAUUGAAAGACUGAGCAUAACAUCUUCAGGGCACGUGGUAACACGGAGAGGAAGUGGAAGAAACCUUGGCACGCUCCCAUAACUCAGGAGCAAGAAAUACACCUUACUGGAAACCUUGUGACUGACAGGUGGUGGUGACUGCAGGAACCAAUUCAGAUGUCUGUCUUGUGUUGGCGAAUGUCCUGUCUGCAGUCAGGCCAGUAGUGCCAUGUCACAGGGUGUGACAUCAGGUGAAGAGCCAAAUGGAGAGUGUCUGCAGCCAGUACUGGGUGUGCUGAUGCUGUACAAGUGUCGAGCCAGGUGCCACAGCACAUGUCAGCUGACUCCACCAGGGUAGUGUCUCUAGUCCAGGAUGCACUGCUGUGUACGACUUGUAUGUCUUUGCUAAUAAAUAAAUAUUUGUGACUAUUCUUAUUAUAUAUAUGUGAAAUAAAUAUAUAGUUAGCUAAGUGUGGUAUAAUAGUGUAAAAAUAAAUAUUUGAUAAUUCAUGCAUGCCCCAAAGGUAAAAAAAAAACAGGAUUGUGCCCUCUAAACUUUUAAGAUACCACUUGCACAUAGAAGCCCCGUCGCAGCGACUCCAGUGUCGGCUGGGAUGGGGCUUCUAUGUGCAAAUGGUAUCUUAAACUUAGUUUAGUAGCCAAUCCUGACUUUUUUUUUUUUUUACCUUGGGGGCAUGACCUGUACUCCCAGAAAGACUUUGCCAAAGAUAUUAUUGACAUGGCAUAAAUAACUAUCAUUGUUUUUUUUUUACCUUGGGGGCAUGACCUGUACUCCCAGAAAGACUAUUUGCCAAAGAUAUUAUUGACAUGGCAUAAAUAACUAUCAUUAUGUUCAAGAUGGUAUACUGAAUGUUUAUUGUUUUAAUGUGAAUGUUAAGUGAAUAAAUACACAACAAUAAUAUAAA